UAGGGCUAAAAUUUCUGUUCCGAAGAACAACAAUAGCAUUAUAAAUACUUUCACUCAGCUCCCCACUUUUCAGUUUUUUACCUUAUACAAUACAAAAUCCUUCACGCAUUGAUCAUGGAGACCGACGUGGACAUGUACGACGAUGGAAGUGACGUGGAGUCUCUGUCCGGCGGCGAUGACGUCAUCAACGGGGGAUACAGUGACGCAUCAUCCUCAGACGAUGACGUCAUCAUCGGAAAUGAUCCUGAUGAUUCCGAUGUUCUUCUUUCCGGAGACAACAAAAACUACGUCGUUUUAUCCGAUGAUGAUAUUCGUCGUCUCAUGGACGACGAUAUCAACAAAGUUUCAUCUGUUCUCUCCGUUUCGAAAACCGAAGCAUCUGCUUUACUCCGUAGGUAUAACUGGAGUGUCAAUAAAGUUCAUGAAGAAUGGUUUGCUGAUGAAUCAAAGGUUCGAGAAGCUGUAGGGUUAAAAAUAAUACAGGAGAAAAAAAUUGAUGUAACACAACAUAUCAUAACUUGUGGAAUUUGCUUUGAGGAUUAUUCCUCUUCUGAUGAUGAUGGGAUUUUGAGGAUGGCUUGUGGUCAUCCUUUUUGUGUUGAAUGUUGGAAAGGGUAUAUUUGUAAUUCGAUAGCUGAUGGUCCUGGAUGUUUGAAUUUACGCUGUCCAGAACCGUCUUGUAGAGUUGCUGUCACACAACAUAUUAUAGAUCGGUUAACGUCGGAGGAUGAUAGGAAGAGGUAUUGCGGGUUUCUUUUCCGUAAUUAUGUUGAGGAGAACAGGAAGAUUAAGUGGUGUCCUGCUCCGGGAUGUGAUUUCGCGGUUGAAUUUGAUAUAGGGAGUGAUAAUUGUGAAGUUGUGUGUGGUUGUUCGAAUUAUUUUUGCUGGAAUUGUACGGAAGAAGCUCAUCGUCCAGUUGAUUGUGAUAUGGUGGUUAAGUGGAUGGAGAAAAAUAAUGCGGAAUCGGAGAACACGAAUUGGAUUUUGGCUUACACAAAGGCUUGUCCUAAAUGCAAGCGACCGAUUGAAAAGAACGAAGGGUGUAUGCGAAUGACUUGUCGAGAUCCUUGCAAGUAUCAGUUUUGUUGGUUGUGUCUUGAUUCUUGGGCGCUUCACGGGUAUAAUCCAUGUAACAAGUACAAGCCAGGGAACGAAGACGAGCAAAAGAAAGAAAUGGCCAAGCAAAGUAUUGAGAAAUACACGCAUUAUUACGAGAGAUGGGCUGCUAAUGAGAAGUCAAGGAAGAAAGCUGUAGAAGAUUUGAGGAGAAUGGGGGAAGUGAAUGUUAAGGAGCUGAGUGAAUUGCAAAGCGUUCCAGAGACACAAUUGAAGUUCAUCUUAGAAGCCUGGAAGCAGAUUGUUGAAUGUAGGAGAGUGUUGAAGUGGACUUAUGCUUAUGGGUUUUACUUGCCUGAUGUGGAGCACACGAAAAGGCAGUUUUUUGAGUACUUGCAAGGACAGGCGGAGGCCGGUUUGGAGAGGCUUCACCUUUGUGCAGAGAAGGAACUGGAGAUUUACCUGAAUGUUGAAGAAGGUAAUUCCAAAACAUUUGAUGAUUUCCGUAUAAAGCUUAGUGGUCUGACUAGUGUGACUAAGAACUACUUUGAGAAUUUAGUUAGAGCACUUGAGAAUGGUCUUGAAGAUGUGGAUUCGCAAGGAGCUCUUUGUAACAUACCAACGAGCUCCAAAAGUACUGCUGUGAGCAGCAAAAGGACGAGUUCGAGGGACAGAAUGCUCGUCAAGGCAAGAUCUGAUAAAUUUAUGACCCUCAUAAGAACUGGAAAUGCAAAACUACCUAGCAUUAACAACACUGUAAGUUCGAAACAUGUCUUAAUUGCUGGUGGGGUAAAUACGAAUAGCUCCAAGAAUCUUGCUAUAAGUGGAGACAACACUUUGAGAACAUUAAAAAAUCCGCUUGAUGCUGGGGGCAGCAACUUUAUGGGAACAAAAGAUGCUGCACCUGUAGUUGCAGUUGCAAGGAGUUACACUGUGGGCUCACAAGCUUUACCACAACCUGGGGCCGGCUCGAGUAAUUUACAGCUAGCUGGGGGCAGCAAGGUAAUGAACAUUGGAGGAGGCAGUGUGACAAACUUGGCAAAUGCACAUGUGGCUGGAAGAAACAACCUUACUGUGUCUAAAACUCCACAUGUGGCUGGGAGCAGCAGCAGAAUAGGUGGUGGGAAAAAGCGCAGGACAACAAAUGCUGGGCCAUCCGUAAUCAUAAAGUUGGAUGACGACGAUGUAGGAGAGGCAACUUCUGCCACAGGAGCAUCAUUAACACAAAACUUGAUUGAUGAUUUGGAAGGUUGGGCAUGCGAUUCGUGCACAUUUCUGAAUGCUGGCUCUACCACGACAUGCCUAAUGUGCAGUGAAGAUGCUUCUGGCAGUUGGGAAUGCGAAAAGUGUACAUUUCUCAAUAAGAAGCAUGCUACCACAUGCCAAAUGUGUGAGCACAGUAGAUGAAGUCCUUGCACCUAAAAAUAAAUGGCUGCCGGAUGAUACUCUUGGCCACAAGUUAGUUUUUGCAUUAUUCUACCUUACCGUUUUAUCAGUCUUAUGUUAUGUCUUUUGGUCAAUAGCUACCUAAAAGUUUCUUAUUGUAUCAUUUGGAUGCAUAGGCUUUUGGGGAGUAGUAUAGUUAUACAUAUAUAUAUAUAUAUAUAUAUAUAUAUAUAUAUAUAUAUAUAUAUAUAUAUAUAUAUAUAUAUAUAUAUAUAUAUAUAUAUAUAUUCCUGGUAAUUCUAGUGAUACACAUUCUCCAGGUACAAUACAUAACAGCUUCAGCUUUUCUUGUUUUGAUUAAUAUACUACUAGGCACUGCCCAGUAGCUUUUUUUUAUUAAUAAUCCGAUCCAAACAAAUAGCUUACAUCAUGUAAAAAAUAAGAACUUGAAAGAAUAAAAGAUACUACUACUACUUUAGAACUU